GCCGGGACCAACUCAGCUGCCAUCCCAUCCCACCGUACUACGACUAUGAUGCCAACGGGAAUGCUACCGAUGAGGUCUCGGAGGUGCUGCGUGCGAGCAGCGGUAUCUCCAGCGUCCUGCUCGUCAUGCCCUCUGUCGAGGGGCACGACCGCUCUUCCUGGGCUUAAUUAUGUGGCCUACAGCUGUGCACACAUCUACGCCCAGCGCCACGUAACUCCUCAGGGCCCUGACGAGAAGGUGCCCCAGGGGUUUAAAGAGCUACGGCAGGGUGUGCUCAACUAUAGCUCCAGCUCAGAGGGGGACGAAGGCUUGAUGGGUCUUUUUAUCGUCAUCACAGAGGCUCGGCCAGGUCCAACCCCACCAGAGCUCCAAGAACGUUGGCAGACCCUAAUUCCAUGUGGUCUUUGUGAACAGACUUUUCAGAUGUGGUCAACACGACAGGGGCACCGAAACGAAGUUCACGGAUUAGACGAAGAACUUGACGCUUUGCCUUCAAAUGCUUGAUGACGGCAUCACUACCCAGACAGAUGCAAGGCGGGACAGUCAGCGCAAAGGAUACGGAUGACAUUACGAGACCUGGCUAGCCAGUGCCAAGGGGCUAUUCGCUUGCUACUUGCUGUCCGGUUAAGCCAGAGGUUUACUGGUCCUCAAUUACACAGUUGUACUGGGCUGAACGUGA